ACGGGAGUUAGAAAUCUCUCUUAUUUUGCAAUGUGUUAUGCAGUUUCGUUUAUUAACAGUUUGUUGCUUUUAUUACUUUUAAGAGAGGCAGUAGUUCUGGGCUGUAGUAUUUCAAAAAAAAAAAAAAAAAAAAAAAAACUUUUAACACAGCCAAUGCAUACCAGAAAGUGGACAUAACAAAAUACACCAUUCAAAAGUAUCCAUUGUUUGUGUUAGGGACUGCUAGGCAUGGAUUUGAAAAACUGACUGAUAUUUCAAAUGGGAUGAUAGAAACCUGGCUCAGAAGAACAUUGUUAGCCACAAGUGUGCAAAAUAAAUGAUCUUUGUCUACUCUGGCUGUGUACACAGCUUUCAGUUUUUUUGUGGGGGAAGGAUCAUAUUUUCCUGAGCCACUAGGUGGAAACGGGGAGGAAAGAAAAAAAAACAAACCAAAAAAAAAACAACCCAUGGCACUUAUCUGUUUGUUCUAAUCAUGGCCAGGCCACCAUACAGCAACACCCCAGGAGUACCGCUGCAACUCAAGAUUGAAGUGAGAGAGUUGGAAGCAUUCAGCAGCUCACCCAACAAGCUGCCCCCUGACAGAGCCCUGAGCGAGAUGUACUUGGAAGAGAACAGGACGGGUGCUGCUGUCACCUAUCUGGAUAACACGUAUGAGUUUGCUACGGCUGCUGCUGCCCCUCUCUACAGCCCCUCCAACCUGGUGUAUCACUCUGCUCCCCUGGAAUCCCACAGCUCAGCCCCCGAAGGAAACUUGCAUUCCCAGGGCAACGUACCAACGAGCCCCCUUGUGUUCCUGCCAUCGAACCCACAGCUUUCCCCUUUCAUUCAGCAUCACCACCAUCACAGCCGACAGGUACCCUACUACCUGGAGAAUGACCAGGGCAACUACCGGCUGAGGGAAGCCACCCCUGAACCUAUUUUCAGGCCAAAUAUGGGAGGCAGAUAUCAGGUUGUCAGAGAACAGCUCUCAGACAUGGAGCAGAAAGGCAGUCCAUCCAGCGGUCCGUCCAAAUUGAGCAAGGAGAUGAGGUUCUGUGCUGUGUGCAGUGACUAUGCCUCCGGCUACCAUUAUGGAGUCUGGUCCUGUGAAGGCUGCAAGGCCUUCUUUAAGAGAAGCAUCCAAGGACACAAUGACUACAUGUGCCCAGCUACAAACCAGUGCACCAUCGACAAGAACCGGAGAAAGAGCUGCCAGGCGUGUCGGCUGCGCAAGUGCUAUGAAGUCGGGAUGAUGAAAGGCGGAGUGCGUAAAGACCAUAGGGGGCGACAUAUGCUGAAAGUGAAGCGCAAAGCAAGUGAGCAGGAUGAGAAGAGGCAUGUCAAUGGCCAUAACAGAAGGCUAACUCUGACCCUCGAGCCCACACCUGUCAACAAUGGGAAGAAGAACAGCGCACUGGGUCUAUCGGUGGAUCAGGUCCUCUUCCAUUUGUUAGAAGCAGAACCUCCAACACAGUACUCAAGACAGAACCACAACACACCAUACACUGAGGCUUCUAUGAUACAUAUACUUACCAGUUUGGCUGACAAGGAACUGGUACACAUGAUAGCAUGGGCAAAAAAGAUACCAGGGUUUGUGGAUUUGUCGCUCCAUGACCAGGUACAGCUGCUGGAAUGCUCUUGGUUAGAAAUCCUAAUGAUCGGUCUUGUCUGGCGCUCUGUGGAAUCCCCUGGGAAGUUAAUUUUCGCCCCAGACCUGGCCUUUGACAGAAAUGAAGGAAGCUGUGUGGAAGGAAUGAUGGAGAUGUUCGACAUGCUCAUCGCCACCACGUCUCGUUUUUUUACUCUGAAACUCAAAAAUGAAGAAUACAUGUGCCUCAAGGCUAUCAUCCUGUUAAACUCUGUUUUGAAGAUCGAUUCAAGUGGGCAUCAGUCAAGUGCCUUUCCCUUUAUCUCCAGCUCCAUGGAGACUCUGAAUGACAGCCAGACCAUUCAGCAAUUACUGGAUAAAAUCACAGAUGCUCUUAUCCAUGUCAUCGCCAAAUCAGGCCUACCUCCACAACAACAGUCCAGAAGACAAGCCCAGCUCCUCCUUCUUCUCUCACACGUCCGCCACAUGAGCAUCAAAGGCAUGGAGCACCUGUACACCAUGAAGUGCAAGAACAUAGUCCCUCCCUAUGAUUUGCUGCUGGAGAUGCUGGAUGCGCACCGACUUCAUUGCCCAGGGAACAGUGAGCCAGAAAAGCAACAAGUUGACAAGUGACCACGGGAUGAAUUUGCACACAUAUCUAUGAGAAUUGCAGGCUUGAACCUCAACAGCAUGCUACCUACUCUCACAGCAGGGGCCCGCAUUUCUUUAGCCUUAUCAUCACUGGAAUAAGCACACUUUGGCACUUAAACUGGCAAAAUUGUCUCUCGACAAAAAAUGGCUCAUGGUCCUUUUGUGUUAGUGUUUCAGAUUCACAACCAAUGCCUUUGAAUCAAUGAGGGUUUUGCAAAGAUCAGCUUCUUUAAUGGAAGUCUGGAUCCUAUAUUUAAUUUCAAUUAACUGGAAUUUUAGGCUAGCAGUGCUGCGUUUAGGAAAUGGAAUACUUGCUCAUUAAGAAAAUCAGACCCAAGUAUGACAACCAAUGUGGUCAUUGCAACUGCUAGUUCACACUUUUAGUAAAGUGCAUUAUUAGUGCAUAGAAUAUGAUGCAAACCAGAAAGGGAUUUAGGCUCUAUAGCCACUUUUGCACCAGGAGCAGUUUACCUUGGGCACCAUAGAGUUUACUUGGUGACUGGCUGUUUUCCAUUUAUCAAUACAUUCAAAGGGAAUCUCUACAUUUUAGUAACAUAUUAACAACUUUAGGACAUAACUAUGAGAACAUUGGAAUUACAGUCAUAAAUAAAUUGAUGAUAGAGUCUACAUUUCAAUGUGAAAUGUUCAUUUGUAAUUUGCAGGGAUAACAUUAUCAUGGAUAGACAGGCCCACCGAUAUAAACAAAAGAAAAUAAAAUUAUUGGGGUAUUGCUAGUUUUUCCACUUCUCCCACAUUUAUGACACUGGAUAGUUAUCUCAUAAUCUCUAUGACAAUAACAUGCUGGAAAGCAGUGCUGCCCAUCUAGGACGGCAUUCUAGCCUAGAUUUUUGCUACAUCCAUACCCUUAAUUAUUUCACUCUGUAUUAAACCCUUGAUUAUUUAAUCGAUAACCACUGACACCUGUUGUGGAAGGACUGGAGCUGUGCACCUCUACUGUAAAGCUUUGAUUGGAUGAGUACUCUUGGAAAAUGACCAGCAUUUAAGACAAACAAAACCAAAUAAUUUUUAAAAUAUAUAAAUGUUGUAGGGAUGCCCCUGAAAUUGCAUUACUCACUUAAUAAUGAAUAGAAUUGCAACUGAUCUUUCUGUUUUAAAUGAUGGGACCAUUAAAAAGGUGACACUUUAAAGAGCAUACAUAUUAAACCAUGGUAAUGACUUCAGUAAAUUCCAAUGGCGAAUUGCUACCAAAUUAAGGUAAUAUAUACAAGAAAUGAUUAUAAACUACCAUUACAGUUUAUAACAAAAAGGCUCUAAGGUCGGCUCCUGUCAAAACGCAUAUCACCCCCCUUCUGGUUUUGACCACAUUCAAUAUUAAAUAUUUCAUGGGCCUUUUGAUUUGCUUCUGAUAAGAAUUGUAUACCCAAUAAUGUUAUGCACCUUACUGUUAAAUUGUAUUGGUCACCUGUAAAUAGACAGCUAAAUAUAUAUUUUUUUGCUAAUUUGCUAACCAAUGAAAAAGUUUUUAAGUCUUAGACUACCUAGAUUUCUGUACACUAUUCAGACAUAGUUUACAUUGGUGAGAUUAAUAACCCAUAAUCAAUCAGGCUCCAAUUACAGACAGACCUGGGCUCUUGAAAAGUGCCUUUAUUCUUUUUCGUGAAAUAUGAAAUAUUAAUAUUAAAAUUGGCAUUAGAAAAAGGUGUAGGAAUUUAACUAGCUAACAAAUAGAUUUAUUAUGUGAAAUAAUGUAGAGGAAACAAAAGAAUACCUAAUUAAGUGCAUCUAAAAUGUCAAGACAAAUAACCACAUUUAUAUUGUGUUAUUCACAAUGAUGUUGUACCAUGAGCCACUUAUGUAUUUUUCAAUAAUCUUUUCUUUAUUAUGUUUUAAAAAAUGGAAAGCUGCCCUACUGUAUUUAACCUCCCCGUUCUUCGUAUGAAUUUGCAUUAUUGCUACAUUUUCAACUUUUUUUUGACAAAAAGGCUUAGUGUUGUCAGCGUGUCCUUUAGCAAAAAAUUAUAUGUAACAACUUGGAAUUAAUUAACAUUUUUUUCUGGCUAUUACAGUUUUUCUCAACUAGUGAUUACAAUACACAUUCUUGUAUAAGGAUCAUAGCUCAGUGAGGCAAAUGUUCUGCCUAAGAAAUCUGUGCAUAUAGGUAGAGGUAUAGUAUGAUCAAUAUUGCACGGUUUUCAGAGUAAUCCAUUUCUAAUCAGGUUGCUUUGCUUGUUCUGGAGUAGAACAUAAUAUUGAAAUGUAUAGGGUGAGGAAAUAAAGCAUUGAAAAGUGCUGUGGAGCCCUUUGGUGUUAACCAGAAGACUCUAAGCAACAGAUAUAGAAUACCAUAAGUGGGCAACAGUGGAAAGGAAGUUGGUCAGAACUGGUAUGCUAGUUAAAGAGUGGCUGAUUAUGAGUAAGCCAGCUGCUGGUGUAGUUUACAACAGGAUGUUAGUAGAUCAUCAGAAAAUGAUUAAAACCUGUAACUUUCUAUCUGUCUUUUUUAUACAGUAGGAACUGUAAUCAAAUCCCUGAAUAUGUUGUGGACAAAUAAAGCCUGUGUUUUCUAGAACUGUAUGAUGCCACUGGUGACUCAUGAAGGUUAAAACCUAAAACAAAAUGUGUCCUAAGACCUUGCUUUUGCUUCGUCAACAAUUAGAAGCUGCUGUCACAGCUGUAAGCAGAUAAUAACGAUAAAGCCGAUCAAUACAUGGAAUCAUGCCUUAAUUAGCUUAAGUGUUGUACAAAAUGCAAGUCUUGUGCUCACUACUGAGUAUUAAUACUACCUAACUACCUAGUUGUAUUACACUGCUUUCUUACCUUAUACAAUGCACUAUCUAUUGUUGUGCACAACCUCUUUAAAAAGUAUGAAAGAUAUUGUGAUAUUCUUUUUUAUUGCUAGUGCACUUUGGUGUGAAACAGCAGUUUUUUGCUUUGUGCUAAAUUUGCUGGGGAAAACUGUGUUCUUGGCAUCUUUGUAAAAGAAAACGACCUCAAUUUUAAAGAACAGGUAUAGCAUGUAGAUUUUAACGUGUUUUAAAUUGAUGAACUAAAGUGGAAAAAAUAAAAGUUGCAAAAUAAUUUUCAGCCUUGUUAUUUCCAAUUGGUGAAGUUGAAAUUAACUCCAAAUGGAAGUGGCUUAAAAUGGAAGAGCCUAUUGUAUGUAUUGCCUGCACAACAUUUAAGAUUUACAGUGUAUAACUACACAGGGGUAACACAUCAUCCAUUAUAGUAUUUACCAUGAGAAAUCCUUCUUUGUGUACUGAAAAAGAAAAUUACAUUUCUAUGGUUUUACAAAAAGAUGACGCAGAUGAAUGCAAAUUGUUCCAAAGACAUGGCUCCCUCUGCUGGGAUAGAUACGGGCUUAGCUAGACUAACUACGCUAGUUGAGAUUUAGCUCAAGGUCUCUGAAAACACAAUAAACAAGUGUGUUCAUGCUUGCUUCAAUGGGCAAAUGGGAGAUGCAAAAUUAGUAAUGUAUUGGAUCUCUCUCUCUGCUCUCUUCCAGUGUCACUGCAGCCAAAAGUAAAAGAUGUGUGUUCUUUUUACACUGACCUUUAUAUAUAUCUUGAAGGCAAUCUGUGUUUCUUACAUUCUCCCUUCGUUAUCACAACUGGUUAAACUACUGCUUAAAUACAGUAUUGUCCUGAAGUUCUUUUAUCCAUUCCAGCGGCAUCACCCUUCUGAGGGGGGGUCAACGCUCCUGUAGUGGGCAGUGUUGUGUGAUACAGUGCCAUUACAGAUUCUUUCCCGUCUCCUGUCGGUGAGAUGAGAGGAGGUUAAAAGCUCUAUAAACAAGAAUGCAGACGAGUUAAUGCAUCGUGGUGCACAUGGUUGCCAGUUCGCACCUAGUUACACUCCGUCCCCCUGCCCAGGACGUUGCCCCGGCCAAAACAGCCCCAUAUUCAGUCCACAAU